AUGCGCCAUUCAUUUUCUGUAGCAGGUUUUGCUACCCAUAUGGAAAUGUAUCCCGGAUACCUUCCAGGCUCUGAAGUAAUAACGGCCGUAAUCCAAGUAAUCCUGGAUUUAGUGUUUGUGGAGAGCUUCGAUAACAUCUACCUUGACCUCUCGAAACAACCUGGAAAAUGCAAACUUGCGGAAAGCGGCUUGGGAUGGAAACCUUCUGGCGGAGGCGAAACAUUUACUCUCGAUAGCAGCAACGUCGGCGCAGCCCAAUGGAGCCGAGCUGCCAAGGGUUAUGAGUUAAAAAUCCUAUCGCGCUCUUCAGGAGUUAUUCAACUGGAUGGAUUUGAUCAAGAGGACUUUGAAAGAUUGACUAAGGCGUUCAAAAUCUGGUAUGGAAUCAACAUUGAGAAUAGGGAGCAUGCGCUCCGCGGGUGGAACUGGGGUAAAGCAGAGUUUACGAAGGCGGAGCUCAGUUUUAGCGUCCAAAAUCGGCCUGCAUUCGAGGUGCCCUACUCGGAAAUUUCUAACACGAAUCUUGCGGGAAAGAAUGAGGUCGCUGUUGAGUUCUCUCUGCCCGCUGGUAGCGAAUCUAAUGCCCAACCGGCUGGUAGCACAAAGAACAGGGGUAGGAAAGCGGCGGCAGGCCCAGAUGAGCUGGUCGAAAUGCGAUUUUACAUUCCAGGAACAGCCGUGAAAACAGAGAAAGGAAUCAAGGGGGAGGAUGGUGAGGAGAAUGGUGAAGGUGAAGAAGAGGGAGAAGGCGAAGAACAGAAUGCAGCCAACCUGUUCUACGAAACGCUUAUGGACAAGGCAGAGAUUGGAGAUGUGGCUGGUGAUACCUUUGCUACUUUCUUGGACGUUCUCCAUCUUACACCGAGAGGCCGCUUCGAUAUCGAUAUGUACGAGGCUUCCUUCCGGUUACGUGGCAAAACAUACGACUACAAAAUUCAAUAUGCAUCCAUCAAGAAAUUCUUUUUGCUUCCUAAGAAUGAUGACACACAUACGCUUAUUGUGUUGGGUCUUGACCCUCCCCUGCGCCAGGGUCAAACUCGUUAUCCGUUCUUAGUCAUGCAAUUGAAACUGGAUGAAGAGAUUAGCUUGGAGCUUAACAUGACAGAUGAAUCGUUGGAGACUCGCUAUAAGGACAAGCUAGAGGCUCGCUAUGAGGAGCCAAUCCAUCAAGUAGUUACAAAAAUCUUCCGUGGCCUGUCUGGCAAGAAAGUCAUUAUGCCGUCAAAAGAUUUUGUCAGCCAUCACGGUCAUAGCGGUGUCAAGUGUUCUAUCAAGGCUAACGAGGGCCUCUUGUACUUUUUGGACAAGAGUUUGAUCUUCGUUCCUAAGCCUGCCACGUAUAUCCCGAUUGAGAACAUUUCCGUCAUCACCAUGUCCCGUGUCGGUGGAGCCGUGUCAGCCAGCCGAACGUUCGAUAUAACGGUCAGCAUGAAGACCUCGGGAUCCCAUCAGUUCAGUAACAUAAACCGUGAGGAGCAGCAGCCCCUUGAGGAGUUCUUCAAGGCAAAGAACAUUCGAUUUAAGAAUGAAAUGACCGACGACACUUCGGCAAUCCUGAAAGCCGCACUUGACAAUGACGAUGUGGGGUCGAGCGAAGAUGAAGGCGUACGAGCUGACCGUGGUUCCGCUGAUGAGGACGAAGAGUCCAUUGACGAGGACUUCCAAGCUGAUUCGGAGUCGGAUGUUGCAGAAGAAUUCGACUCUGAACAUGAGAGCAGUGGGAGUGGAAGCGACGCCGAGAUGGAUGAUGCGUCCGAUGCCGGCGACGAUGAUGAUGUCGACAUGGAUGAGGAGGAACAGUCACGGCCGAAAAAGAAGUCGAAGGUUGGGAAAUAA